AUUGCCUGGUUACGAUUAGUCUAAAAUCAGGAAGUUGCUGCAGAUCUGUUGGAAUGUGAAACUAGAGAAAUCCAAUGUGAUAGAUGCUGGGUGUAUAGAUGAGUGACUAAUGGAUUAUGUUUAAAAGAUGGGAAAUCAGCAGGCUAUUCUAAGUGAUCUUGAUGUACAGGAGUUGAAAGAGACUACACCUUUUUCUGAAGGUGACCUUAAAAAACUGGAGCAACGUUAUCACCAACUGGACAAGUCACCAGAAGCCACGGACGGAAUUCCGUACGCCAAAAUGAUUCUAAUUCCGGAGUUAAGAGGGAAUGAGUUAUGUCCGCACGUCGUGGCGGCAAAUUUAGACGGACGUUCCGGAUGUGUGUACGCCAAACAGUUCGUGCAGAUAUUCGGGAUCUUGAGCCCAAAAGCAAAACCCGGAGAAAAGAAAGAAUUUCUGUUUGAGGUUUUCAACAUAUAUGGAGCGAACGCUUUAACGCAUGACGAGAUCUACCGGAUGUUUAAGACGCUCUUUGACGGAGUAAUCAGUGAUGAUCACAUUUUGGCGUUGACUUACCGCGCUCUGAAUCACAAAUCACUGAAGAAGAAAGGGGAGAUAACUAAGGAUGAGUUUAUUCAGCUGAUUCCAGAUCAUGAGAUUGUAAACCGAAUGUCUGUUGAAUUAUUAUAGUUCACAGCAAGAUAUUUGCUAUGUGGGAAAUAAUACCCAACUUAAGUUCAUUUGCCUCUCCGGCGAUAUCGGAGAAAUAUCUAUGGCGAUGACGCCUCAUCGUAAAGAAUAAUGGACUGAGGGAGAAGAAUUGGCCAGCAUUUUUUGAAUUAGAAAUGUAUCGAUCCUGAAUGUUUCGGAGACAGGGCCGAAGAGACGGUGCAAUUGUACUAACGAUGGGAUUCCGAGACACAAUCGGCAGUCGUCACGUUCUCGGAAAUCUUCGCAUUCAUUUCACUGGAACUAUCUACGCUAAUUUUAAGCUUACACUUUACUUUUUAAAAAAUAUAUCUGCUCAAAUUAAUAUGGAAUAUAGAUAAUGAUGAUACGAAGCCUAAUAUUGGUUGAUAUGUACAAUCUAAUGUUAAAAUGAAAUCCAAUUUUGAUAUGGAAUUUA